UACUUCAUUCUCUGGACAAACUCACAAUCAAACAAACAAAAAUGGACAUGGAAGAUCAGUUUUUAAAAAUGGGAACUAGCUUCACGCACGAAAUGCUUUUGUCUUCUGGAUUCUAUGGGAUCUUGAGUUCUUCGGCGCCACCACAAUUUCUCGGUGUUCCAAUUAUCUUGGAAGGUAUGAAAUCCCCUUUUCCUUCUUCUUCGUCUCCGACCUGCUUUGUGUCCUCUCAGGAGCUCACUUCUUCUUCUUUUCAACAAUCUAUGGUGGCUUCUGUUCCUUGGAACUUUCUAGAAUCUUUUCCUCUAUCUCAACGUCCUGAUCAUCAUCUUUCUAAACCCCCAAACCUUACCUUGUUCCUUAAAGAGCCCAAACUCUCUCAAUCCAAUAGUAAUAUGAUCCCUUACCAUAACUAUCUCCCCAACUCUUUCCAUCAAUCAGAUCAAAAUAGAAACGAGUGGGCAGAGAUCAAUAAAACCCUAACUAGUUAUCCCUCAAAAGGGUUUGGAAACUAUUGGCUAAGAACCACCAAGACUCAGGCUAUGAAGCUUGCGUCAGGAUCAAAAACAAGAAAAGUUGUUCAGACGACGACACCAACGAAGCUGUACAGAGGAGUCAGACAAAGACACUGGGGCAAAUGGGUCGCAGAGAUUAGGCUUCCAAGGAACAGAACUCGUGUUUGGCUCGGCACUUUCGAGACUGAUGAGCAAGCCGCAAUGGCUUACGAUACUGCAGCUUAUAUCUUGCGUGGCGAAUACGCUCACCUCAACUUUCCUGACCUAAAACAUCAGCUCAAGUCCGGCUCCUUGCGAUUAAUGAUCGCCUCACUUUUGGAGUCAAAGAUUCAACAAAUCUCCUCUUCUCAAGUAAUAGGUUCCUUUAACUCCCCUCCUCCUUGUCCUCCCAAAGUGGAAACAUCGAAACCCAAUAAUCAUAUCGAGAUGGAGUCAGGAGAAGUUGUGAUGAUGAAGAAACAUAAACUCCAAAAGGAAGUGAUGGAAGGAGAUGGUGUACAAUUGAGUAGGAUGCCUUCUUUGGAUAUGGAUCUCAUUUGGGAUGCUCUUUCAAUCCCCCAUUCUUCUUGA